AGACGCGGUGCUUGACCUCCAUUCUUCGUCGAGACAGCACAUCCUGCCGCUAGAGCCCAUAUCAACCAGCACCGAUGGACCAAUGGCCCAGGACCAAUCCCCCGCCUGUUAACAUAUCCCGUUCUGAAUCCUGCCUUGUCCGCCUUCCAGACGCCGUCACUGGCUUGAUGAACUCUGGCCUCGUUGGGUCUGAAGUUUGUGGGUUGGGCCUCGUGGUGCCGUGAAAUCCAUCACACGAUUCUCCUUGUUCCUUCCUCUCCUUAUUAUGGACACCAUGCGUCAGUCUUGCCGGCCAAAACACCAGGUCCUAAUCCUUAAAUGUUAUCCCAAGUACCAGAAGGGUGUCCAGGAAGUCAAACCGAACUCUAGUGAACUUUCUUACUUGCUCUACUAUGCUAGUACGCGCCGUAGUAAGCUGACCAAGGUCGGCGCUUUCCUGGAGAAGAGAGCGGCAAGGGAUGUCUGGAGACGGCGACUGGGGAACGUUCAAGUUACGCUUCAGAUCCUCUCCGCUCUUAUUGAAAAAGUACCGCGUGACUUGCCCAUCUACGCACGAUCCGUCCUGACAGUUAUCGAGAGCGUUCUUCGUUCCAAUGAGAUAUCCAUAGUGGAAGACUCGAUUUCGACAUUCGAGACGUUCUGUCGGUACCAGGAUACAGCUUCCCUGGCGGCUGAAGGGGACUUUGCAACUCACUACCGCGAAGUUGUACAGCUGUACGCGGAAUUCGCGGAUCCCAACCCAUCAGUCCAAGCACGGGCACCAUUAAGCCCCCAAGUCGCCAUACGCUGGAGGAAUGCAGGGCUAAGGGCCAUAAUGGGCGUGGUCGGCCCUGGAGGUCUAAGCGACGGAGAGGAUUUGUUGAGGAUCGUUCUGCCAGUUAUUCUGAAGAACCUGUACACUGGCGAGGAUGAUAUCCUUGUUUCCCUUCAGUUACAGCUGCAAAGCUUAGAAAAUAAGGAGUUUGAUGAGGUGCAGCAGCUCAGAAAGAGCUCUACAUCAUCGCCACCCGCAGAAAAGCCUGAUGGCGAUCCCGCUCUCGCGUCGCAGACCGCGGCUGAUGCCGACAGAAAGGCAGACAUGGAGGCUAGGCUUCUCGCUCUGCGCUGCCUGGAGCGGAUCGUCGUUUCGGGCAGCACCCGGGGUCAAAUUCGCGCCGUGACCACCAUUGUACUGCAAUUCAUAACAAGCAAGAGUCCCCUUCCAGAUGGUGACCGUGGCCUGGCCCCAGAGUUGAACUCAAGGGGUAACUGGGCCACUUCACUUAUCGAGCUCGUCGCUAAAUGGUGUCCCGUCCAAAUCCGGUUUGUGAUUGGAGUCACCGCCAUGGAAGAGCUGCUGAACACCGACCCUGCGGACCUAGAACGGUCGUCUACCCUGGCCUGUAUGGUCGACUGGCUGUUAAAAUCCCCUGUGAACAUGAUUGGACUCAGCGUCAUGGAUGUCUUGCUCGGUCUUCUGCAAUUUACGCUGCGUCAACUAAAACCGCAGCAAUCCAUGAAUGGCCAUGUCUCCGAAAAGUAUCGGAGCCCAGGUGCCGCUCAAAGUCAACUACUCGCUCUUCUUGAACAGUGUAUCGGGAGUCUUGCAACGCAUAUUUACUAUGGCGAUCAAGUUGCAGAUAUGAUCAGAGCUAUCCUAGUCCGUGUUCAAAAUCCCGGGAGCCCCGAAAGUCCACCAACAUCUACACCGGAUGCGCAACCCGGCUCUCUUGAAACAGGCAGCAACAGCGCUACGAUCAUCCAAAAAGAGAGCAGAUUCAACUUCCCCUCUGCGAGAGUCACGGCCCUUAAGGCUGUCAAGAACAUCCUUGUUGUUGCCAAUCUGAGAAGGUUUGUGGUCGCAGGGGGGGUUGAAUCCAGGAAAAGGGUUGGCGUCUAUGUAUGGGAAGGUACACAAUGGUUGUUGCACGUUUCGGACCAAGAUGUUCGUUAUGCCUACGUUGAUGCGUUCUUGACCUGGUUGAACCUUGAAACGAAGAACGACACAAGGCUGCUGAAGACUGAUAUGGAGAAACAUCCCAAAUUGUUACGCAAGCGCGAGAUGUCAGAUAUUAUGGAGACGCCAGGGACGCGAGCUGUGCCAGCAAAUCCAGAGAAGGCACAAGCUAACUGCCUUCGCCUGUUCCACCUGACCAUCUACGAAGUGGCACUGGAGUCGCCGACAAAGGCCUCCGAAUUUGCACUCCUUCACCUUGUUUUGGUAGGCCUUAUAGAGCACCUUGGCGUGAAUGCCAUAAGAUUCGGACUUCCCAUGAUUCUCCGACUGCAGGAUGAUAUGGCUUCCGUGGGUACACUUGCCGCUAUCGUCAACAUAGGAAGCCUGGUCUACGGAUACCUCUUGGCUUUAUGUGAGAGGUUCGAGCUCAAUCACUCGAGGAUCGGCAUGGAGAUUAACAACGAAAUCGAGAAAAGAAAGAGGAAAGGCGUUUGGCUCGAAGAAAUUCAUCUGCCUCCACUCUCUCUGGACAAAAUUGUACCUGGUGUUGAGACACAGAUCAAUGGUUCUGCCCCAGGCAACGCGAAUACAUUAACGCCAUUUCGGUCUGCCGAUGAACUUGUCCGUCAAAUGGAGCAAGCGUACGUCUCAGGAACACGCGGCUCUCAAAGCCCGUCCGGUUCCUCUAGAAGAGAUUCUACUGCUCCGAUACUGAGUCGUGCGGUCACGGGAAAUGAAACGCGUGGUUUCCCUGCGGCCAUUAAAGAACAGAUGCUAUCGAGCUGGUCAAAAGAAGCCUGUAUGGCAGCUAUUGAAAGCGACAGCACGACAACAAAGAGUGGUUCCAGAAACGAAACGUUGACUAUCAGAAACCGCGCUCAAGAGAAUGGAGCCAUGAAUGGUAGCAUAAGCUCCAGAAUGUCAUCUCACAGAAGCGUUCCGGGAGUCUAUGUGUCUGAUACUGCGAAUGGCCGUCGUAACUCGCGGCGUAUGAGUUUACCUAACGACUCUGGCUCACUGACCUAUAGUUCCAGCAGGGACUCCCCAGUUCGCUUCGAUGAGUUAAGGCGUGCUCUCGCAGUGAACAGGGAUUCUAAGCCUCGACGACUGAGUCCCUUACGAGGCCGACUUGAUCCUUCGACCAAGAGUAUUAUUUCAUCAAGCAGUGAGAGCAUGGUCAGUGGUGCCUACUCGUUAUCCGAACUCGGUGAAACGCAGUCCCUGGAAGAUGGUGAAACCCCAAAAGCGUCGGCAAUAAGACUUCCAUCAAAUGGAACCCAAGCGGAUCAGUUCACAAAUGAUAUUGAUUCAGAAGACGAUAUCCCGCCGGUGCCACCAAUACCAGCCUCCCUCACCAACAUUCCUGGCGGUUACCCCAGUGACACUGGUCUACCUCAGUCAUACAUGGGCCGUCCUGUGACUGCACCAUCUCCUGCCCAUCAAAGACGCCCCUCUAGGUCUUCCAUGAAAGGAAAGCUGAGCGGCCUUUCCACUCCUCGCCCUACCACUUUGAGCAAACGCAGAAGUCUGUCGAGCACUAAAGUGACUGCUACCGAUAAUGAAGCCGAUGUCACCUCCCCACCAAACGGUCUCCAGGGAGAGGGUGAAGGCACCUUGGAACCCAGAGAGCGGGACGAGCUUCAAAAACUCCUGAACGGAUUCUUAUCUCCUCGUUCGAACGGAACAACGAAUGGUGAUUCUGCGUAUUUGCCCGUGCCUCAACACCUGGGAUUCCGUGGCAGAGGGCAAGGAGGCGGCAUUGGGAGACCGCCUUAUUAACUUCAACAGUUUACAAACAUUGCGAUAUUUGUUUGAGAAUUUUAAGAAUCUUAUUUUCUUGGAUUUUUUUGUGGGAUGUUUUAUGUAUACUAUUGUUCUAAUAUUUUCUGCAGUUGAAGAGCAAGGCGUUUUUUAUUUCUCUUCUUGCCCCGUCUUUGUCUUUAAAUCUGUUGACAAUAAAUAACUCCUAUAAAAUGAAAUUUUAUACAUUCCAUUCCAUAACACCUGAAUAAUAAUGCUUCAUAGAUACAGAUUCCGGAUUGAGACUAAUUAGCCCUGCUUAACGAAAGAGAAGCCCGUAUCAUCGUCACCAACCCGAUGAUGCCCCAGAAGCUCAACAUCAACAGGGCCGAAAAAUUUCCUGUAUGUCUCCUCCAGCAGCGAAUCCGUCAGCUGCAUAUGACUACCAGGAACAGUGAGAAAGUCCAGCUUCCCCCUCUCGUCCAACGAGCGCAACCCAAUCCAAUCCUCUGUAUAGAGCGGCCGUUCAUUCAACAUCAUCACCCUCCCACUGGUAGCAUUAACCUCCGCAAACCACGAACUCUCCUUCGGAUUAACCGUCUGAUCCUCCUCAAACAUAAACAUAGCAAACCGAUUCAAGCCCACCAUAUUCUCCCGAUACGUAACGUUCUUCACAUCCCGCUCAUUAUUAAUAUCCGCCAGAAAAUUGCUAUGGAGGAGAUAAUCAUCCAGUUCCUCAGGGUCCCGGAAGUACUGCGCAGGAACGAGCCGCGACUGCACGAAGUCCGACCACAGACCGAAUCGUAACAAUGACUCGCCAGAUCGACAGAGCCAGUCUGUGGGUGCGCAGUCGUAGAAUUCCGCGAUGCCGUUAUGCGGGCUGCCGAAGGUGACUAGGUUAUGCACGCGGGGGAAAUUGCAGCGCUCGACGUAGGCGCGGAGGAACUGGCCACCCUGUGAGAAACCCAGGGCGUUCACGGCGGGCGCGGUGCGGAGGAUUGGAUCUGAGGAGAGCUGGUCGCAGACGUCUGCGAUUUGGGUCGUUAGGUUGCCUAGGAAGGUGGCUUGGCGAUCGCCGGAGGGGGUGGAGGAGAGGCUUAUGAGGUGGACAUAGGUGCCUGGGUUUACGGAUUCAGCGAGCGCAGCGGCUUCCUUGAGGCCGUCUCGGGAGAAGUCAUCUCCUAGGCCGUGCCAGAUUAGAAGUGGGAGAGGGGUGGUUGUUGCUGUUGAUGGUGAUGAUGCGGUGGUGGUAGGAGGAAGGCCGGGGACAGCGGCGGAGAAGGCGGACGCGGUAAGCAAAGAGAGGAUGCUGGUCAGGUAAAGCAUGGGUGUCUAGGAUUAUGGUCAGGACUGUUUAAUAAGUCAUGUAUGUUUGUUUGACCAGAAACAAGUAGAAAGGCAGCGGGAUGUUGGAUGGAAUAGGCUGUAAUGAG